AUGAAUGAUGAUGAAAUUGUAAACAAACAUAGAAAUUUUUUUAAUAAUAAAUUUUAUAACACAAACGAAAAAAAAAAUAAUGUUAAUCAUGGAAAAAUAAAUGGAGAAAAAUUCAACUAUGCUAAUCAAAUAAACAAAGGUCAAUCAUUUGAAGGGGAAAACAUAAGUGAAUAUAAUUGCCAAAGAAAUAAGACCAUAAUAAAUUCAAAAUAUAGAAACAACCAAAUAAAUGGGAUGGAAAAUGAUAGUCAGCAAUUAUAUAAUAACAACUAUUUGGAAAAUUAUUUUACCUGUUAUAAUAAUAAUGUUGAAAAUGAAAACCAAGAUUUGUUUUCUAACAAAAAUAAUAUGAAUAUAAAAAAAAGAAUGACUGUUUAUCCGUCAUACAAAAACAAUGCAUAUAUUAAUAAUAAAACUGGAUAUGUAAAUAAAAAUGCGUUUUCAAAUGUUCAAAAUGGUUCCUUAAAUAAUAAUGCAUAUAUGCAACAUAAUUUUAAAAUGAAUGCAAAUUUUGAUUCGGGACCAAUUCCCCCAAAUUAUAUAAUGAAACAGGAAUAUAUAAAUUGGAAUGGAAACAAUAUGACAACUAAUCAUGACCAAAAUAAAAAUAAAAACAGAAAAAUAAUAGGUAAUAAUUAUAACAACUUUAGAGAAACAAAUAGUAAUAUUUAUAAUAAUUUCUAUGAUCAUAAUUUACAACAAAAUAAUAAAAUUUAUGUUCCAAGUCAACCAAAUAAUGUUUCUACUUAUAAAAAUAAUUUAAUAAAUGGCGAGACAAAUUAUAAGUUAAAUGUGAAUAGCAGUCUAAACGCUGGAAACGUAAAUAAUAAUAGCAAUCAUAAUAAUACCAAUUAUAAUAACAACAUUAGUAGUAAUAAUUAUAAUUAUAGUAAUAGUAAUAGUAAUAGCAAUAGCAAUAGCAAUAGUCAUAAUAAAAGUGGACACUAUGCGAAUACAAUAAAUUACAUGGGCAAUAAAAAAAUAAAUAAAAAGGGGCACACACACAAAAAAAAUAAUAAUUUUUUAAAUAAUCAUACAAGUGUAAAGAAAGAUAUAAAAAAAGUUGAUAAUGAUUUGGAAAGCAAAAAAAGUGGAAAUAAAAUUGAAUCAAAAAAUAUCUAUUGCAAAUAUUGCAAUAUAGAAGUUAAUGAGAAAGAAUUAGAAGAACAUAAUAAAUUAGAACAUAUUAAAUGCCCUAUAGAUAAUUGUGGAGAAAUAUAUAAUAUUGAUCUUUUUGAUAUUCAUUUAUUAAGCCAUGAAAAAAAUGAAAAAAAUGAAAAUAUUUUAGAAAGCAAAGAAGAAAUACAAAAAUGGAUAGAAGAACGAAAAAAAAAUUAUCCUACAAAAAAAAAAAUUAUGGAAAUGAAAAAUAAUAAUAUAAAUUCUGAAGAAAAAGAAAAAAAAAAUAAACAAAAAAAAAUAACAAGUUUGAUUGAAAAAUUAUUAGUAGAAAAAUAUUCGUCUGCUAUUGGUAGAAAUAUUUAUUAUCAAACUCAGUCACAAAAAAAAUCUAUAUUUGUUCCUUUAUUAAAUAAAUUAAUUGAAAACAAUUAUAAAAAUGUAUAUGAAAAUACUUAUUAUAGUAUUUCAGAUAAAUAUAAUCAAAAAAAUAUAAAAUUUAACAAAAAAAUAAAAAAAAACAAUCUAAUUGACUCAUUAAAUGUUCAUAAAAAUGCCCCACUUAUAUAUCAAUUAAUGAAAAAUGAUAUAUAUGUGUAUGAACAAAAAUUAAUGCAAUGUAUUGAAUUUAUAGUAAAUAAUAAUUUUUUUGACAAUACAUUUGAUGCUAAUCAAGAUAUUGUUGAGUUAUAA